GCCCCCGUCCCGCCAUGGCGGGCGGGCGAGCGCGGCCCCGGGACGGCGGCCCCGGGAGGGCGGCCCUUCCCCCCCGCCCGCUGCCGGCCCGGCCCGGCCCCGCGCCCCCGGCGGGCGCCUCCAAGCAGCAGGUCCGGCGGAAGGUGUGGGACUACCUGGAGAGCAGCGGCCUGGCCGAGUUCCCGCGGCCCGUUCACGGCCGCAUCCCCAGCUUCAAGGGCUCUCACCAGGCUUGCUGCUCUGUUAAGGAGCUGGAUGUGUUCAAAAGAGCAAGUGAAGUUAAAGUGGAUCCUGACAAGCCUCUGGAAGGUGUUCGGCUGGCUGUGCUCCAGGCAAGGAAGACUCUCUUGGUUCCCACACCUCGGCUGAGAACUGGGCUGUUCAAUAGGAUUGUUCCACCUUCAGGUGCAUCUAAGGAGAUCCUGAAAAUAUGUGCUACAUCCCAGGGUAUAAAGGAGUUCAGUGUGCCUGUAGGUCUGGAUGGGAAAGCACGAGUGGACUUGGUUGUUGUAGGAUCAGUGGCUGUCUCAGAAAAAGGCUGGAGAAUUGGAAAAGGAGAAGGUUAUGCAGACAUGGAAUAUGCAAUGAUGGUGUCGAUGGGUGCAGUGCAGGAGGAUACCCCUGUAAUCACUAUUGUGCACGACUGUCAGGUGCUUGACAUAGCAGAAGAACUUCUUGGUGAUCAUGAUCUGACUGUGGAUUAUAUACUGACUCCAACCAGAACUAUCAAGACUCACUGCAAACGACCGAAACCUCGGGGGAUAAUUUGGCAUAAGGUCAGCUAUGAGAUGCUGGAAAAAAUCCCCAUCCUAAAGAGUCUUCGAUACAGAGAGAAACAGGCUGGCAAGGAUGUUACCCUCCAAGAUGAACAGUCAGACUUGGCAAAUGCCAACAGUGUUGCAGCAGUAAAUGAGAAGGUGGUGGCUGAAAAUUCAAGACCCCAGGCUGCCAUGGGCUUGGCCCAACCAGGACAGCAUCAUGUUGGAAGUGCUUCUUUAAGUCCCAGAUUGGAGGGAUCUGGCAUGAUUACUACUGUGUAUGUGGGGAACAUCCCUCCCAGCGUCAGAGUGAGCGAGCUGAAAUCUGCUUUGAGGGAAUUCCAUGCAACUCCUUUCCGACUGAAUUGGCAAGGAGCUCAGCACAGGGCUUUUCUCGAUUACAAAGAUAAAGCAACUGCAGAGAGUGCUGUAUCCUCUCUGAAAGGUUUGAGCCUCGGGGGCAAUACUUGGCGAGUUGAGCUGGCCAAGAAUCAGAGAAACAAAAGGCAAGUAGAAAUCAAUAGUCAGAAAUGAAUAUGAAUAGAGGGGGCUGAAAAAAAAAUAGGCAUGUUCUCAUUGUUUUGUGAGAGGCCAACCUAAGUUUUCAAGGAUCUUGGUAUGUCCUCUGAUUUCUGCAGGCUAAACAACAAAGUGCAAAGCCAAAUUUUCAAACAAAUGGGGCAUGGAGCUGGCAGGUGACUUGCCUGCCUCAUUCCUGCAGUUGUGUGUGCAAUAUCUAUUUGUUAAGACAGGUGACAGAGGGGCUGUUUCCCCAAAGGGGCACCUGCAGACUGGUGCUGUUUGUUUUGCCCUGGCUGGGGUGCCUGUGCUGUUUGGUGUGUACAUUGGUUAGACCUGGAUCAAAAAGCCUGCCUCUUGGUAGCUGUGUGCAGCCUGAUGGGGUGAGGUGGUUGUGUUCUGUCAGCUAAAGGUUGUACCUGCAAAUUUGUGCUUGGGAGCUUAAAAGCCCCCUGCAGAAAAUCUGUCUUAAGGGUUACAAUUCUAUUUACUAAAAAAAUGAGUUCUGCCUGUUGGGAGUUUUCAGCAUAUUAUUCAUAAGAAUGCCCUUUUUGUGCUCUUGAAGAAUGGUUGUGGAAACACUGUCUCAGCCACUGAGUUCUAGUAAUAACUAUUAACAUCAUGUGGAAGAGAUGGUAGCCCCUUUCUCAGCUUUGUUUUGUUAAUUCAGGCCUUUGGAAACCUUGUAUUUCUUAUUUCAGUCUGGGAGAGAAAAGUGAAGACCAAAUUUUCUCAUCUGCUUUUCCCCACAACACUUCAGGUGCCUUUUUCACAGGUGCAGGUAAUUAUUAAAUAGACACUUUUCCUGA